UUGGACAAGAGAGAAUGGUCAAGCAGAUCGUCUCUGUUGGCCAUUUACUUUAGAAGUUUCUUUCACCAUUUGAAUGCGAAGGAAAACAUAGCAUUGUCUUUUUCAGAGGAGGAUGUCUGUGUCAGGGAAGAAGGAGUUUGAUGUGAAACAGAUCCUCAGGCUCCGCUGGCGCUGGUUCAGCCAUUCAUCCCAAGGUUCUGCUGGCGGUGGAGGGGGUGGCGGUGGUGGUGUGGGAGGCUACAUCCAGCAGGAUGGCCUGGAUCACAGAGGAACGCCUGUCCAGGGACGCUUGAAGAGCCACUCGCGGGAUAGAGGUGUUGGAGGACUACGGAAGACUAACAGCCCAGUCCACAGCAUCCUGGCGCCAACACCAGGGCCCACACCAGUCUAUGUCAGGAUGGGUCAUCAAUCAUGGCAUCAUCAGCCAAGCACCAUACAAGGUCUCCAGGUCAAUGAGGAAUCUUCAAAGAGCAGCUCUUCUCCCAGUGCAACAAGAAAGGAGGACACAAACCCUGACCAGGAAGAUGUGAAAAGCAACGCACAGGAGCCUGCAGAGGUGGAGGCCAGAGAAAGGCUGGUUCUGAGCAAUAUUUCUAGAAUGAACACCAACUCCUCGGAUGAGUUUUUCCAGGCUGCAAAUCAUGCAGAGCAGACGUUUCGUAAAAUGGAGACCUACCUCCAGCACAAGCAGCUGUGUGAUGUACUCUUGAUAGCGGGAGAUCACAAGAUACCCGCUCAUAGACUGGUCCUAAGCGCUGUUUCAGACUACUUUGCCGCUAUGUUCACCAGCGAUGUUAGAGAGGCAAAGCAAGAGGAGAUAAAGAUGGAGGGAGUUGAUCCUGAGGCCCUCAGAUCCCUGGUUCAUUUUGCCUACACUGGUGUCCUUGAGCUGAAAGAGGAGACCAUUGAGAGUUUAUUGGCAGCAGCUUGCCUCCUCCAGCUUUCACAAGUCAUCCAAGUCUGCUGUAGCUUUCUAAUGAAACAGCUACAUCCCUCCAAUUGCCUUGGAAUACGAUCCUUUGCAGACGCCCAGGGCUGUGUGGAUUUGCUGAAUGUGGCUCAUAACUACACCAUGGAACACUUCCUGGAGGUCAUUCAGAACCAGGAGUUCCUGCUGCUCCCCACAGCGGAGAUUGUUAAGCUGCUCUCCAGCGAUGACAUCAAUGUUCCUGAUGAAGAAACAAUCUUUCAAGCUUUGAUGAUGUGGGUGAGAUAUGAUGUCCAGCAUCGACAACAGGACCUCGGGGUGCUUCUGGCUUACAUCCGCCUGCCUCUUCUCCCUCCACAGCUUCUUGCAGAUCUAGAAAACAACAAGAUGUUUUCUGAUGACCUGGAGUGCCAGAAGCUUCUGAUGGAGGCCAUGAAGUAUCAUCUGCUGCCUGAACGACGUCCCAUGUUUCAGAGUCCAAGAACAAAACCUAGAAAGUCCACUGUGGGUGCACUUUAUGCUGUGGGAGGGAUGGAUGCUACCAAAGGCUCUACCACCAUAGAGAAGUAUGACUUACGGACAAACACCUGGGUCCAGGCCGGAGUCAUGAACGGACGGAGGCUGCAGUUUGGUGUGGCAGUGAUAGACAACAAGCUGUAUGUAGUAGGAGGGAGAGAUGGGCUCAAGACAUCUAACAUGGUGGAAUGCUACAAUCCUGUCAACAAAAUGUGGUCCACCAUGCCUCCGAUGUCCACACAUAGACAUGGACUUGGUAUUGCUGUGCUUGAGGGUCCCAUGUAUGCGGUUGGAGGCCAUGAUGGUUGGAGCUACCUAAACACAGUAGAACGCUGGGAUCCGCAAGCCAGACAGUGGAACUAUGUGGCCAGCAUGUCAACUCCGCGGAGCACCAUGGGAGUCACAGCGCUCAAUGGAAAACUGUUUGCGGUUGGUGGCCGUGACGGCAGCUCAUGUUUGAGGUCGAUGGAGUGUUUCGAUCCACACACCAACAAGUGGAGCAUGUGUGCACCUAUGGCCAAGAGAAGAGGAGGCGUGGGUGUAACAACAUACAACAACUUCCUGUAUGCUGUGGGUGGACAUGAUGCCCCCGCUUCCAACCACUGCUCUAGACUCUCUGACUGUGUUGAGAGGUAUGACCCAAAGACAGACACGUGGACCACUGUGUCCUCUCUCAGCGUUCCCCGGGAUGCAGUGGGGGUGUGUUUGCUGGGUGACAAGCUUUAUGCAGUGGGUGGAUAUGAUGGCCAAUCAUACCUGAAUACUGUUGAGUCCUACGAUGCACAGAACAAUGAGUGGACUGAGGAGGUCCCGCUCAACAUCGGAAGGGCAGGCGCCUGUGUGGUGGUGGUGAAAUUGCCUUGAGGGUUCUGUCUCACGACAGCAUGAGAGACAAAUGAGAGUGCGGCUGAGAGGAGUGGACAAACAAAGCAACAGAUCGAGGACACAUCCUUUGAGAGUCAUGUUUUCAUUAUUUUUUUCUUUAACUCUGUACUCCAGAUUUUUUCAGAGGGAAACGCAGACUGAGUCUUGCCCAUAAACCAUUGUUUCUAUCAUUAGUGGACAUAUCUACCCACUAGGGACGGCUUGUACUGAAACUGGAAUGCGCUGCACAUUCUUCACAUGCUCAACUGAUCAAGACUUUACAUAAACUUGACUAAGCCGCAGCAGUGUGUAGUUUUUAAGAAAACUUAUUUGAAUGUCCUCAAAACAAAUGUAAUACUUACAUUUUGAGUAAAUAAGCUUAACUUCAGGUUAGUUUACAAUUCUACACACAUUUCUUACUAGUGCCAUCUCAUACAGUAUAUUUUUGUCUUUACAUGUUCCUUUUUAUCUAUUAUAAUGAGAAUUGUUGGAAUAAACAGAAGUAACUAUACACCAGUGUCUUUUUUAUCAAAGGCAGGUCUGAACAGAUUGUUACUCCUUGGCGAUGAAGACCAUUAUGAUAAACUAUGAGGGUUGAUGAGUUUGCCAAGGCUGCUCUGAAGUACAGGAAUGAAAUCAAACAUUUUUUUAACCUGUAGCUACAGAACACCAAAGUUAUUUGCUUGUCUUAGAUGUCUAGGAACACCUUAAAUCAAGGUUUACAAAUUUGUGAAUCACAGAAAAUAUAUCAUAUUGAUAUUUCACAUUGCUGUACAGACUUGAUAACUUUCUGAAGCCACAUUUGUGUGAAUAGAUUCAUGCUUAAACAAGCGCAGUUGGAUGGCUACAAUCUGUAUUAUCCAUUCGGCUUUACUCUUGGAGAUGCUAGCUGAGCUAAUGUUUUAUUUGGUUUUUAUAAUGGUCUCUUCUUUUUCAAGGACAUAAUACUCCUUUGUUGAGAUUUUCAGUAAUACAACUCAUUUUUUGAAUUAUUCAUGUAGAAACAACAAAAGUAAGUGGAAGUAGAUGCAUUGAGUCUGACAGCUAUUAUUAUACAUUUUUACAUGCAGCAUUAAGACACCUGAUUUCCACAGAAAUUUCUACAUUUGUAGUUUGAUGUUCUGCAAUUGAAACAAUGCAAGCUUGUUCACAAUGAAAACAAUUUGUAACUGUAAUUAUGACAUUGUUUCUGGGGCCAAAUGUUACUUUUAAUGUUUUUAUCAUAAUUUUGUACAGCAUGCAAACCAAUAAAUAAAAGAUUUCAGUCUUC